AUGUCCAUACUUACCAACGUAACUUGGCUGGACAUAUGCCUUGCUAGUGCCGGAGUGUAUCUGGUAAAGCAGGUGUUCUCUAAGAAAAAUCCUGCGCCAUAUCCACCUGGUCCCCCGGGGUGGCCUCUCGUCGGGAACCUCAUGGACAUGCCUCACAUCAAGUAUGGUGAGUACCUCCCGUUUUUCCAAAAUCAUGCGCUCCAUAGUAGUCGUCUUCUGGGUCAACGUAUCAUUGUACUGAAUUCUGCCAAGACCGCCACGGACAUACUAGACAAGAAGAGCGCUGUAUACUCUGACCGUCCUGUUCUUCCUAUGGGUGGCGAACUUGUUGGCUUCAAGCACAUUUUGCCUCUACUCCCUUGUGGUGACCGAUUCCGCCGGUACCGCAAGCACUUUCACCACGUCAUUGGCAGUCACGCCGCCUUGGACAUCUACAACCAGAUAGAAGAGGUUGAGACCCACCGAUUUCUGAAGCGUGUGCUUGCGAAUCCCGACCAACUACAAACACAUGUUCGACACACCGCUGGUGCUAUCAUUCUACGAAUCUCUCAUGGCUAUGAAGUGAAGGAGAACAAUGAUCCCUUCGUUGACCUUGCAGACCGCGCUAUGGACUACUUCUCGCGGACCACCGCCCCCGGUGCCUUCAUGGUCGAUAUCGUGCCAUCUUUGGCCAAGGUUCCCGAAUGGUUCCCUGGCGCUGGCUUCAAGCGCAUAGCCCGUGAAUGGCAUGAGACCACCGAAGAGAUGGCUGCUGCACCGUACGAGUUUGUCAAGGAUCAGAUGGUGACAAUGAUUCGUAGUUAUGCUUUGUCUGCAGAAGAUGAACACAUUGUGAAAUGGUCUGCUGCAUCUCUGUAUGGCGGUGGUGCCGAUACAACGGCUUCUGCAGUCUACUCGCUUUUCCUAGCUAUGACACUUUUCCCUGAUGUACAGAAGAAGGCUCAGGCUGAAAUAGAUGCCAUCGUCGGUCCCGAUCGUCUUCCCUCCCUCGCUGACCGCAACUCCCUCCCCUAUACUGAGGCGCUUGCGACAGAAAUCUUACGCUGGAAUGUUGUCGCCCCUACCGGUUUCCCCCAUCUUGUCACUGACGACGAAAUCCAUGACGGUUACUACAUUCCAAAAGGCUCCGUAGUGAUACCUAACAUUUGGUUUAUGCUCCAUGACCCGCGGACGUAUGCUAACCCGUCGCAAUUCAACCCUGAGCGCUUCUUAGCGAAGGAUGGGAAGGGGCCUGAGACUAACCCUCGAACGAUCUGCUUCGGCUUUGGUAGACGUCUAGCUCAGAUGAAGAAGACAGUUCUGACGUCGCUGUCUGUUGCACGUCUCCACCUCGCUGAUGCGUCCGUCUGGAUAUCCACCGCGAUGUCACUCGCCGUUUUUGAUAUUUCCAAGGUCAUCGAGAACGGUGUUGAGAUCACCCCUGAGGUUGACCCCACAUCCGGUACGAUUAGCCAUCCCAAGCCCUUCAAGUGCUCUAUCAAGGCUCGCUCUGCGAAAGCCCUUGAGCUCAUUCAGCAAGAUGCCAACUACUAA